GGGUUUCUCUCAGCCGAUGUAUAAGUACAGCGUGAGACAGUAGGUGGAGAGGAAUGUGUGAUGUACAGCGUGACACAGCGAGAGUAGUACGAACUGUCUUCAUACACGCUGAACCCCAAAUCCCAGCUUCUUCUGCUCGUUCUCUAGCCCCCAAUUCCAAUCUAGAUCUCAGGAGUGUGAUCUCAAACCGAGAUUGAUCGACGAUGGCAUCGGAGCCGGUCGCGCUACCGGACGACGCGCUCGCGGAGGUUCUCCGGCGUCUCCCCCCGCACAUCCUGGCCGAGGCCCGGCGGGUCUGCAAGGCGUGGCGCGACGCCGUCGACAACCGCCUGCGCGGCAGCAUGCUUUCGCGCUCCGUGCACGGCAUCUUCAUCACCUUCACGGAGUGGCACUUCUCGUUCUCGGAGUUCUUCUUCCGCCCCUCGAGGGGCCCGGCGAUCGACGGAGGGCUCUAUUUCCUGCCGUACAUGGGCGUCAAGGUCACGGACCACUGCGAGGGCCUUUUGCUUUGCCAUGAGUCGAGCGACGAUGCACUGCCGCGCCCGCGCGAGUACGUCGUCAACCCGGCCACCCGUCGGUGGGCGCGUUUGCCCAAACGCCCCUUGCCGCACAUGCCAGGAUUAGAAUACACCGCCCACCUCGCGUUCGAGCCCGCCGUGUCACCGCACUACCAGGUCUUUCUGAUCUCACGCGUACCAUGGCGACUUCCAGCCGACGGCGAAUCCGACGACGACAAUCCGUUGCUCGAAUUGGAAUGGCCUCCCGUGUCAUACCUCAUCCAUGUGUUCUCGUCGGUGACUCAGCGAUGGGACGAGACGACCUUCCUUCGAGAAGGGGAGGCUGCCGGGAUCGUCGCCGACAUGCAGUCGAAUUGGUGGUAUGACCAGUCUCUUUAUCGUGCCGUCUACUGGCAAAAUGCACUCCACAUCCAUUGCCAACAUGGCUAUCUUACGAGGAUGUCCUUGUCAGAUCAUACACACAGAGUAAUUAAACUACCAGGUACCGGUGAAUUGAUAGCAUAUUCCUACCACCAUCUCGGGAGGUCAUCGCGAGGGGUGUAUUGUGCAAUACUUGAUCGCUCGAAUCGACUUCAGGUUUGGUACCUCAGUGAAUCGUGCAGUCGAAUAAAAUGGGUGUUAAAACAUGAUACCUGUCUUAAGACCUUUGAGCAUGACGACUAUGCUCAACAAUUGGGCAGACAAUGGAUCUUACAAAAUGUUAACGUCCGUAAGGAGGGCCCUGAGCACAAAGCCCCAGUGGAUGAGAAAUAUGACUAUGACUGGAACUCUGACGAGGAUAGCGUUCUUGACACUGAAGACAUCGUUGAAGAGGUUGAAGACGUCCUUGAAGAUGAAAACAACAAAUAUUAUUUUUUCCUUGGAUUUCAUCCUUAUAAAGAGGUUGUCUUCUUGAAUUCAUCAACAUCCAGAGGACUAGCGUAUGACUGGGUCAACUCAAAAUUUCAGGACUUGGCUAGAUCAUGGACAUGGCCAGUUUAUGGAUUAUCAUAUGGAAAGAUAGACGCAUCUUUCCCAUACACGCCUUGCUGGAUAAGCAAGUUUCCUGGAAACGAAUUAGAAUCUCUACUUGAAGAUGAGAAGCUAUCUAGGAGAAAGUUGGAACAGGAAUCUCAACUUAAGGAGGAAUCCAACUUUACCUACAUGGGUGAGUACGAGUUGCGCAAGCACUCUGGGCGCGCCAAGAGGGUCAAGGACUCCGCCGCCAAGGUUCGCAACAGCCGCCACAUCAUGGCUCGGUAGGAACCCAUCGUCACAGACAUGAAGUCUCGGGGCGACCAAAUUCAGCCUUUGCAAGGCCACCAUAGAACUUGUCACCGCCAUAGUUGGAUCCUACCUACUUGAUUUGUUUUCUGGAAACAAAGAUGAGUAGGUAUAUGUGCAAAUCAGAUACCGUAAUGGUCGCCAACUUCAUUUAUCUUGCCUUAUUUUUCUAUGUCUAUGUACUACCUUAAUUUAUAGUGUUGUUAUUUUGGUUUGCCUUGUAAGACAAUGUGACUUUGUUAUUCCCGUUCUCGGGCUUUGUUUAUUUAAACCCGAGUGUUUCUUGUGAAGUAGGCAUGUGCAAGUAAUUUUGGAAAAUCAACUUGAAGAUGACUCAUGUCUGAGGCCCUGCGUUGUAACUUGUUGGCUCAAUGGAAAACAAUGUUUUAUACCAUU